UAUCAUGGAUCAAAGUCAAAACAGCAAUGGGCUGUUCCUAUUCACCAAACUGGGCGUUAUAACUAAUGUCUUACCCUAUAUCAGCAUGUUUGAGAAAGAAUGGUUUGAUCUCUUAUGGGGGUUGAGCAAGGGAACAAGGAAUUUCUACAAGAAGAAUAUGAAUUUACUUCACAAUCUCAAUAGAAGCUGAAUCUCAAAUCAACAAGAAAUCUGACUUAACCUUAUCAGAAAGUACGAGGAUUUUGAUAAAGUUCUUGAUAAGAACUUUAACUUGUACCUCAACUGAUUUGCAAGGAAAGAGAAGGCUCUCAACUUAUGAUGGAGUUCAGGCUCGCUUGCAAGUACCAAAAUGGUCUCCCUCUGUGUUGUAGGCCUUUAUAAUCUCUCAGAAAAAGAGCUGAAUGUUGUAGAUGGAUUCCUGAGAUAUUGCAUCACUUCAAACUUCUCUACUUUCUCUUUAGGUAUGCACACCUUGAAAUUAGAUAAGCUACCUGAUGGAAUGGCCAAUGCCAUGAAGUUCACGACUGGAAGAGUAAAUCUAACUUCCUUUGAAAUGACUCCAUACCUGUUUAAACAAGUUGUUGAGUCAUGUACACAAGCAAAAGAGAUCCAUUUUAUUGGAGGUUCAUGUGAUACCCCUCCAGAUGACUUUGAAUUAGGAACAGGAAGUUCUAGUACCAUUCCAAAGAUUCAUUUUCAUGAGAGGACAGAUGAAGAUACUGAUGCAAAAGAGCUGAUCAAAAUUGACUACACAAGGUACACCAAGAGCCCACCCGAAAAUUAGUUGAAGGAGAUGGGUCUUAAUUGAUAAACCCCAUUUUCA